UUUUCUCCUCUAAAAACUAAAGAGUUCCAACAAGCUGAUUGGUUGUCAGUUCUAACAAUAUGGAGUCUCUCGCCACUGUUCACGUUCUUGGGUACGGAAAGGUUGCCCCACUGCUGGACGUAACUGUGCAAUGUGUAGUGAAAAAUCUCUCAUCCAUGUGUAUUGAAAGCAUCACCCUGCUACCAGGCAACCUAAAAGACAAAUGUCUCUACCUCAUGUCAAAGAGGGGCUGUAUCACAGACACAAAUCUUCCAAAAGUGAUACAUGAAAAUCUGAAGGUUUUAGACCUUAGUGAAUCAGACGUAUCAGAUGAAGGACUAAAUCACCUCUGUAAAUGUCCCCAGCUUCUAAAAAUAGAUCUCAACUCAGCAAAACAAUCUCGUACCAACAUCUCAUCUCAAGGAAUUAUCCAGCUAGCACAAAAUUGUCAUAAUCUACAGACCGUCUACCUGCGAAGGUGUCUUAACCUGACAGACGAGGCUGUGAUUGCCCUGUCCACAAACUGUCCACAGCUUCGUUACCUGAAUGUGGGUGGGUGUUCACUUUUGACGGACAGGUGUCUAGAGGCUUUAGGGGAAAACUCACGAUUUCUCAGGUGUCUCAAUGUUUCCAACACCAAGAUUACAGAUGCAGGGAUCAUGAAUAUAGCAACAGGUGCCUGUAACCAGUGUCUGAAGGAAGUCCACAUUAAUGGUUGUAAGGCAUUAACAGAUGAGUCAGUGGAAGCAAUUCUUCAAUUCUGUCCACAAAUCAACAUAUUCCUUUUCCACGGAUGUCCCAAAAUCACAGAGAUGGCAAGGGAGGCUUUAGAGAAUGUCACAUUGGAACGAGCCUCACCCAUGAAGCAAGUGACCUGGACUAUUUAUUGAUUAUAAAUACCAAAGCCACAUCUUAAUCACAUAUCCAUUGAACUUUGAUCGAUGACCUGAACCCUCUACUAAGAAGGCAACUCAACCAGAUCAAGUGCUGUGUCAUUCAGAUGUUGAAAAAAAAUCUACAUACUAUGCAAUCACAAGAGGUGGUGCAAGUAUUUUGCUAUAUUUAUUUAAAGUUAUCGUUUUUCUACACAUUUUUUGUUUUCAUUCUUCCAUUUUACAUUAAAAAAAUGUGUAAUGAUCACAUACCUUACAGGUUAGGGCUGUGUCAAUAUAUCGAUUAAUCAAUACGUAUCGAAUAUUCAGGAAUGUAUCGUAUAGAAAAAUAACUUCCAAUACGUAUCGGUCAGGCAGUUUUUCUUAUAAUUCUGUGAAAAAGUUGGGAAUUUCAGUCACCAAAGGUUAUUUUUAACUGUUUUGAAUUCAAAAUGAUCAAUAGUGAAAUAAACAUUAAGGAGAUAGCACAUCUUAAAUAACUAUUACAAAAUACAUAGACAACUAUAUUUUAACAUGUUAGUUUUACAAUCAUUAAAAGUUUGAAUUUGAAGUGUACUUUGUAAAGACAGUGAUCGAGACAUGAACUUCCAAUUUGGUAAUAAAACACCCAGUUUUUAUCAAAUCUAUGGAUUAAAUGAUAUACAAGUCUUUUUUGAUAGACUUGUUAAAGAAUCCAAUUACCGCAUAUCGCUUUAUAAAAUAUCGUAUCGUAUCGAAAUAUUUUGCUCAAUACACAGCCCUAUUACAGGUAAAUUUCAUAGGUUCAAAAUCAGCAGUGACUGUAUAGAUCUAAUAGAUUUCUAAAGAAUAUUAUUACAAAUGUGAAUGCUUGUAUGAAUUUGAAAUAUCUGUUUUCUGUUAGUUGAAAUAAAAUUGUAAACAUUGUUAAA